AUGCUUUAUUCCAGGUGGAAGGCCUUUACUAAAGGAUUCUCGUAUCUUCGGCACACACCAGAGGAAUGCAGGUUGAAGGGGCAAAGUUUCCGAUCAUAUAGGCCGGUGUACUUAUUUUGCCGCUUCCAGCACACUACGACACAGAGUCUCAGUAAGGAGCCUUCAACGUUUCCAAGUAACGUACUUGUUGAGACACGCACAGAAAUAGCAAAAAAAUUGCAUGAGUUGUCAGGAAUUGACAAACAUUUCAUUUACGAGAGUAUUGACCGACCAAAUAAACUCGAUUCCGGCGAUUUAUUACUUCCAGUGCCCAGAUUAAAAUACAAAUGCAAUAGCUACAAGGAAUUGGCCAAACAAUGGGCCGCUGGACUUUCUCAGCUGCCGUGCUGCGAAAAAGUUGUGGCCAGUGGCCCAUUUAUCCAGUUCUUCCUCAAUCACUUGCUCUUAACCACUAGUAGCAUCCCAUGCAUUCUCCAACAGAGCGACAACUACGGCCGAUCUGAUUUACUCCUGGGCAAGAGAACCUUAAUCGAGUACUCCUCCCCCAAUAUAGCUAAGCCAUUCCAUGCGGGGCAUCUACGAUCAACAAUAAUUGGCGGCUUUCUAUCCAAUCUGCAUGAAACACUUGGGUCUGAUGUCAUCCGAAUGAAUUACUUAGGGGAUUGGGGAAGGCAAUUUGGGAUCCUUGCAGUGGGGUUUGAGAUGUUUGGUGAUGAGACUAAACUGGAACAGGACCCUAUAUACCACCUGUUUGACGUUUACGUAAGAAUCAACAAGGAAAUGCUAAAAGAAGAAAAUUCAACCUUGCCGUCAAACUCGAUAAAGAGCAAAGUGAGGACGUAUUUCAAGAAUAUGGAAGAAGGUGAUCCCUCUGCACUACAGCUUUGGAAACGACUUCGGGAUUUGUCGAUCCAAAAAUAUGCAGAAACCUAUUCCAAGCUGAACAUUAAGUUUGACUCUUACUCGGGAGAAUCAAGUGUGCCUCCAGACACCGUCAGACAGGUCCUACAAAGGUUGGGUGAAAAGGGACUGACUUAUAAAGACAACGGUGCAACCGCCGUGGACCUGUCCGUUUACAGCAAAAACUUGGGACAGGUUAUUAUUCAGAAAUCCGAUGAUACAUCACUGUACGUUACGAGGGAUAUUGGGGCUGCUGUAUCUCGUUAUGAGAAAUAUCAUUUUGACAAAAUGAUAUACGUCAUUUCCUCUCAACAGGAUCUUUACAUGUCUCAACUAUUCAAAAUACUGGAGCUAUUGGGGUACGAAUGGGCCAAAGACUUGGCCCAUGUAAAUUUCGGAAUGGUUAAAGGGAUGUCCACCCGCAAGGGAAACGUCGUAUUUUUGGACACAAUAAUAAACGAGGCGACGAACCGAAUGUUACAGGUGUUACAAGGCAACCCUCAGAAAUGCAAGCAAGUCAGUGAUCCAUACGACACUGCACAAAAGAUAGCUAUAUCUGCUAUUAUGAUACAGGAUAUGCAAAGUAAAAGGGUAAACAAUUACGACUUCAAAUGGGAUAGAAUGCUCUCCUUUGAGGGGGACACUGGUCCGUAUUUGGAAUACACACAUUCUCGGUUAUACUCUAUUGGGGAAAAGUGCUCGGAUAUCACAAUGAAAGAUUGUAAAACGGCUGACUUUACUUUAUUAACGGAACCAUUGGCUAUCAAUCUCGUGAGAUUGCUAGUACAGUAUCCUGAUGUACUGCUGAAAUCAUUAACCACAAUGGAGCCAUCCACAGUUGUCUCCUAUCUGUUUAGAGUUGCACACCAAGUUUCCUCCUGUUACAACGUUCUCUGGGUUGCAGGGCAAGAACCGCGCGUUGCUGCGGCUCGUCUUGCUCUGUAUUGCUCGGCAAAACAAGUACUUAAAAACGGGAUGAGACUUAUCGGACUGACGCCAGUGAACAGAAUGUGA